AGAAAAAAUAUUCAAGUGUUAAAACGGAUUCAGAUUUAGAAGACGAAGAAAACGACAUCGCCUUGGCGAUGUCACCUAACAGACCAGCAGCUAAGACCACAACGCCACGUGACAUCAGCGAUAGUCCCGAUGAACGUGAAACAUGGAGCGGCAAAGUCGAUUUCUUAUUAUCCGUUAUAGGAUUCGCUGUGGAUUUAGCAAACGUCUGGCGAUUUCCCUAUUUGUGCUACAAAAAUGGAGGAGGCGCAUUUCUGGUACCUUAUUGCAUUAUGUUAUUAGUUGGUGGUAUACCACUUUUUUACAUGGAAUUAGCUUUAGGUCAACACAAUCGUAAGGGUGCGAUAACAUGUUGGGGUCGUUUGGUGCCAUUAUUUAAAGGAAUCGGUUAUGCAGUGGUUCUAAUAGCAUUCUAUGUAGAUUUUUAUUACAAUGUUAUUAUUGCCUGGUCGUUGCGUUUCUUUUUCGCCUCAUUUACGAAUGCAUUGCCAUGGACAUCGUGUACAAAUUUCUGGAAUACAGAUGAUUGUAGACCGGUGACCCUGUUGGGCGCCAACGUUAGCGAUAGUUUGCUUAAUUCAACAAUUACCUCCGAAUUCAAUACAACACUGGCCAAUCUUACUUUAGCAUUAUCCACCACAACACCGGCCAGUGAACGUUUCCAGUCGGCCGCUUCAGAAUAUUUUAACCGCUACAUUUUAGAACUAAAUCAAAGUGAUGGCCUCCAUAAUUUGGGUUCAAUAAAAUGGGAUUUGGUAAUUUGCCUGCUGAUAGUCUAUUUAAUAUGUUAUUUCUCGCUGUGGAAGGGUAUUGGCACCUCAGGCAAAGUGGUGUGGUUCACCGCCCUUUUUCCAUACGUUGUGCUUUUGAUUCUACUAAUUCGCGGUAUUACCUUACCCGGUUCAGCAAUGGGUAUACAAUAUUAUCUGAAUCCUAAUUUCGAUGCCAUUUAUAAGGCAGAAGUUUGGGUAGAUGCUGCCACUCAAGUGUUCUUUUCACUGGGUCCGGGUUUUGGAGUGUUAUUGGCAUACGCUUCCUAUAAUAAAUAUCAUAAUAAUGUUUAUAAGGAUGCCCUCCUCACCAGUUGUAUUAAUUCGGCCACAAGUUUUAUUGCCGGUUUUGUGAUAUUUUCCGUAUUGGGUUAUAUGGCUCAUACAUCGGGUCAAAAUAUUGAAGAUGUUGCCACAGAAGGUCCAGGCUUGGUGUUUGUUGUAUAUCCUGCAGCCAUUGCCACAAUGCCGGGCAGUACUUUCUGGGCAUUGAUAUUCUUUAUGAUGCUCUUAACUUUGGGUUUGGAUAGUUCGUUUGGGGGUUCCGAAGCCAUUAUAACAGCUUUGAGUGAUGAAUUUCCCAAAAUCGGACGAAAUCGUGAAGUCUUUGUGGCUGGAUUGUUUUCACUUUACUUCAUUGUGGGUUUGGCCAGCUGUACACAAGGUGGCUUCUAUUUCUUUCAACUAUUAGAUCGUUAUGCCGCCGGCUAUUCAAUAUUGGUUGCGGUAUUCUUUGAGGCUAUUGCGGUCUCGUGGAUUUAUGGAACAAAUCGUUUCUGUGAGGACAUACGUGAUAUGAUCGGUUUCCGACCGGGUAAAUAUUGGCAAGUGUGUUGGCGUUUUGUGGCUCCCUUGUUCUUGUUGUUCAUAACCGUUUAUGGUUUGAUUGGUUAUGAACCGCUCUCCUAUGAAGAUUACACCUAUCCACGGUGGGCAAAUGCCUUGGGUUGGUGUAUAGCCGGAUCAUCGGUUAUGAUGAUACCCGCUGUGGCAAUUUAUAAACUAUGCACCACACGUGGUACUCUCAAAGAACGUUUGCGUAUCCUCACCACACCUUGGCGUGAUCAACAGGUAUCGGUAAAUGGUGUAACAGCUGAUGCAACGCAGGUUCGCCUAACCGAUACCAAAGAAGCUGCAGAAGUUUGAAAUCAACCAUUUGCCAGAUUUCAAAUUUAUUAUGUAUAGCAUUUAAGGAAAAAACUCAAACAAA